AUUGAAUUAAUUUUGUUUUGUAUUAGAAGAAUUGUAGUAAUUGUAGUAGUAUAAAGGAUGAGGAAGCUCCAGGAUAAAAGGAAAUAAACGGCUUUUGUGACCGCGUGUCUGACGUCACGCGGGUGUGUGUAUAAAGCCGAGCGCGCGCGAGAGGAGCGCAUCUGACUGAGGAUGGCGGAGUCUGAGUCACUGUACUUAUCCAUCGGGGUCCUGGGCAUUUCUGGGGGUUCUUUGUUGCUUCUGGUGAACAACUAUGCAAGCUCCCCAGGCGAAGCUCUGAUCACAAACACAGCUUUAGGAGUUCUGCUCCUCAUAUUCGCUGCUCUGCUGGCUUAUUCAGGUGUUCGACGCAGCCAGUCCCACAGUGUACUCUUUGGUACUCUGUGUCUGACAGUGUCGGCCCUAUGGUGCGGUUCAGGUUUAGUGCACAUACUUGCCGGCGAAAACAUAAUAAAUGGCAGCAGAGGGCUGAGAAAUGCCAUGGUGCCAGGCCUUGCAGCUUUCACUCUGGCACUGCUUGUUAUCUGCAUCGUGGCUAUUUUAUGUCAUGAGGUUGUCCUCUCAUUCAUCGCCCUGAGCAUAUGUCUAGCGUGCGCCCACCAGAUCGCAGGUCUGGCAGAUUCGGCCUUCGGACAGGCAGCCACCGCCGUCUGCUACCUCAUGGUCUGUUUUGUGGGUGCUUACUUUGGAAGCGGCCGUUUGUUAUCGUACAUCACACAGAGAAAGAUUCAGCUCCCCGGAACAUUUAACAAAGAUAGUGUGAAACCAAUGCAAAAUCAAGAGGCUAAUGAUGUUGUGACAGUCGGAGUAAUCAUGAACUUGUUGUCAGCUAGUGUGCUAGCUUGUCCUCUGCUCGGUGUUGUCCCUAAGCUCUUCUCUGGCCAUGUGCCCUGGCUGUGGACCGCUGGCGUCUUCCAGCUGGGUGUGUGUGUUAAGAGCUACAGAUCUAUGGACACCCUGGCAGCCACUUUCUACGGCUUCACAUCCAUCCUGCGGUUCACUGAAGGCUACACUGCGCUAGUGGUGCACUUCACAAACCAAGUGCCCUAUUCCCCAGUGCCGUUUCCAGUUGUAUUCUCAGUGUUGUUUUUCAUCCUGGCCUUGUUUAACUUGCAGGGAGGGUUUGUGAACACCAUCUACCAGCUGUUUUUUGUGGCGUACUGUAUUGCAAUUGCAUCCGAACCCCAAAGCUUCUUUCAAAGGGGAACGCAAGGCGUACAGGCCGCAAUAUUCGUUGUCUCCACUUUUGUGCUCUUUAUAACCCUUUAUAACAUGGCUUCCUCAAAUAAGAUACCUACAGGUGCAGGUUUCCUUAAGAACCUGUUGGCCCGCAGUAACAGAUUUGUCUUGCAAACCAAUAGCAAAGAGCUACACGCUCCCUAUCUGGGCUACUCUAAAUAUGCUGAUGCCGAGGUGCUUGGCCACGGCUGCAGUGUCCUCGCCGCAUUUUCGAUCACAGCCUCGUUUUCUAGCGGAAACCCCUUGGCCAUCCUGAUCCUGCCUUGGGCGGUGGUUUCCGGUGGUGUGCUGCACCUGAUAUGUGGCUCUGUAGCCUUCGCUCGAGGAAAGACCCUAGAGAGUACGACUUUCAUCCUUUACGGUAUCAUGUGGACAGUGUGGGGACUGACGCGCUUCGGAGGCCUCUAUGGAGAUGUGCGAGGGCUCCACCUGGCUGUGGGGAUCAUCAGUUUCAUGCUCUUCAAUGUGUUGGUGACAGCAGGGGCCUUGUUUCUCAACAAAGCCUGGUUCAUCUAUACCUUCACCUUCCAACUUAUCCUCAUUAGCUUCUUACUGGAUGCAGUAGGCGCGCUGCCUUACGGCUACGAUAUCGUCGUGACCAUCAUCCUCGGGCUGGUCAGCUUCUACAUGUUCCUGGCCAGCAUUUUCAACUGCACCUUUAAAAGCCCACAAAUGCCUUUCGGUGAUCCUUUUAUCAAGUUGAGUGGCUUUGGAGGAGGCAAAGACAGCUGCCCUCACCUUCCAGCCAGGAAGUCCGCAUCCGUUCAGCAAAUUGCAGAGAUCAUGAAGAACGGGGGCAUAUGUGGAAUGCCCACAGACACCGUCUAUGUGCUUGUGGCAGCUUGCAAUCGCCCACAGGCUGUUGAAAAGGCAUAUAGGGUAAAGAAACAGGCGAAAGAACGACCCAUGUCCUUAUGGAUUUCAUCUAUAAGGCAGUUGGAGCCAGUCAGGGACCAGAUCAGCCCUCUCCUUUGGGACUUUAUGGAAGCUGCUUGGCCGUCUUCCAUUAGUUUAGUUAUAGCUAGAGCUCCAUGGAUGGAAUUCUUCGGAUUGAGCGACUCAUCCAAAUACAUCGGCACACCGCAGAGCAUAGCCAUAAGAAUCCCAGACUGCACUGUUGCUACACACCUCAUUAAUGCGGUGGGUCCCAUUGCGGUCACCUCUGCUAAUCCCACCGGUGAGGCAGAUACUACCCAUCAUAACCAAGUUUAUGCAAAACUUGGUGACAAGGUAGAUGGGGUGCUGUGUGAUGGGCCGUCGCCAGAGAACAUCGCCUCCACAGUGGUAGACUGCACCAAAAUUGAGACUGGCCAGAUUGGGUUUUUCCGUGUCGGACUUAUUCCUAAAUCUAAGGUUCUUCAGAUCUUCGAGGAGAUUCAGAAGAAGCACGUGCAUGGUCAGAUGAAUGCAGCAUUCGAGACGGAUGUCACAGAUCAUCUCACAGUCUCUCAGACAAAUUUGUCAGAGACUCAGACAGACUCUGGGAUUGGUCGAAAUUCCCCUGCCGACUCACAGAGCUCUCUGGACCACAGCCACCAUGACCAUCAGGAAGAGGAGGACGAGUCUUUAUAGACACUGCCGUUUUAAUUGUUCAACGUGUAUUGUACAGCCUUUUAGUGUGUUAACAUCAGAUGUUUUGGACAAAUGGGCUAGGAAACAAUGAAAUUACAAUUAUAUGAAUGAAUAAAGAUAGUAAUAGACCUAAAUAUUGCAAAUAGACUAUAUUAAUAUGUUGCUAAUUUAUGUGUAUUAUUUUAGUGUUCUUUACCAUAUGAGUGUGGUUAUUAUCUUACUAGUCAUUUUAAACCCUUUUCUACUUAUUUAUUAAUUUUAUGAAAUAUUACAAUGUAAUAUUAUAAUAAUAUGUAGUAUUAUUCAUUUGUCAAUGUGUUGUUUUGUAUUUGUAAUAUACCUUAGACUUGUAUAAAAUAUUGAAAAUUAAAUAAAUAUGGAGUCCUGA